CCUCUCGUUUCGAGUUCUUCGCUUGGUCCUCGCUGCUUGCCGUACUUGUGUUAAAAUGGCAGCGCCCUUGAGGAUAGUCUGCGCUUCAGCUUUAAGACAGACUGCUCGACCCUUCUCCUCUACCUGUGUGACCCACGCUGGGAAGAAGUGGAGACUGGAAAAUGGGCUGGCACGGACUGGAUCAGAAUACGGCCCCUUAACAGAUUUGCCUGACUGGUCAUUUGCAGAUGGCAGACCUGCACCACCUUUAAAAGGGCAAGUCAGGAGGCGGAAUGAGAGAGAAGAGUUUGCAAGAAGGGCAGUGUAUCUAAACGCAGAGGUGGACACUGGGAUGGACACAUGGAAGGCAAAAAAGGAGGAGGAACAAAGAAGGAAAGAAGAGUUGAAAACGUCUAUGCUUAAACCUAAAGGAAAACUAUUAUUAAAGAAAAAGAAUUAAACCAACUUAUUGCAAAGUA